AUGCAUCCCGUUGAUCAGCCCAAUAUGAUGAUGAACCAGCUGAUAACCUCAUGGGCCCGCAAGCUGCUGAAUCCGGGAGCGCUGCCUCGCGCGCUGGACUCGCAGGAGCCAUCACCCGGCAAUUGUUCUUCCCCUGCUUUCAAUACGCCACAAACCGAAAUCUGCACGGAUCCGAUUUUGUCCCCUGACCCGCCGACGGAUGCAAAGCCACCGUCCAGUAUACCGAUAAAUUCGCCGGUCGUGAGCGUCAGCGCGACCUUCGAGAUCGGAGACACUAGCGACCAUCGGCAAAAAACCGCGAUUAAUAGGAAUACGAACGAUUCUUGGACGACUGUUCAACCGUCCCAUGUGCCGGGAUCCCGGAUCAAAACGGGUUUCGGGGCGAAUCGACCAUCCAGAGCUGCCAUCCGUCAGUUGCUCUUUGCGGACAAAGAACUCAGAUCCACGUGGGACAGACUUGACAAGAGUGACUGGACCCCAGAGAUCGAGGAACAGGUGAAGUGCAUCUUCGACCAGCUGCACAUGGAGAGGAAUGUGUUUCAGGAGAUGGUGGAACGAGAGAUGCGUCGGAUGGUGCAGCGCACUAACUCUGUUCUGGAUCGUCUUUCUCAAGCCCUUGCGUCUGCCGAAGAAAGUGAACUGUCAGUUCCUGAGUAUGUACCCGCAAAACUUCGCACCCCUAAGGAUUGUACAGACGGAUCGACGCUUGCGGGCGAUGAACCUAGGGAAAGCGCGCUCGAUCCCUCUUUUCAGGCAGUAAGGCGCUCCAAGCGACCGCGAGAAGAGCCUGCCGUCGAUUGGGACCGUCGCCUAGUAUCGAGUACCUUUCCUCGCACGAAGCAUCGGACGAAGGACCCACACCAGCAGCUUCGGCACCGGUCGCAGACUUAUCCUCCCGCUCCCGCGCCGCAAGAUGCUCCAGUAUCCGGACCAUCGGCCAUACCCGACCUCCGCGCCCCCAUGGGGACCCAAGAAUUCCGGGAUACGGCCACAUACAUGGCCAGCCGUCACAUCGGCGCCUCCCGUGAUCCUCCGCUGAAUGGCUGUCAUUGGCGCCCUCGACCCGAAUUCGGCGUUGACGCCAGUGGGUAUGUAUUACCUAUGGGAUGGCGCCCGGCCGAAAAUCUCGCGGAGAGGUGGCGAUGGGACUGGGAAGGCUGUGAUGGAUUCGUGCCCAGGAAAGGCAAGCUGGUAUGGAAGGAAGAAACUGCGGGUGGUGAUACCACGGCCUUGGGCGCAGACUGGCUUAGUCGGACCUUUCCCCGUCCCGCGUCGGCCCCACGCAUCUUUGGCCAGAAGAUGUACCUCAAGCCGCAACACUUGCCUGCUGCAGUUGCAGAGGCCACUGUGAAUCUCUGGGUUGAAGACCGCGGCAAGCCUCCUCACGUGCGGGGCGCGAGGAUGUGA